AUGCCUCCUUUGAUCCUGGCCACGGAGUGCAAUGAGGAGCUGCGCUGUGCCCUUUGCCUAGACUCUUGGAAGGAUCCGGUAGAGCUGGUUCCAUGUGGGCAUAUUUUUUGCGCAGUGUGCGUCAGGGGCAUGAAUACGUGUCCCAUUUGUCGUCAGUCUGUGGCCAACAGCAAAAGGCCGAACCGCACCCUUGUGAACCUUGCGCUGGCAGUGCCUGUCAAGUGUGCCUCGUGCAGUUGGACCGGGACGCGUGAACAGGGCAACUCUCACACAUGCCGCACGGACACAAAAAUGGCUUCGGUGCCCUCGGCCUUGGCACCAGGCCCAAAGUAUGCCUUUGUGGAGCCGACUAGCCAGGAGCCUUGGCAUCAGUUUGGCCUGUCGCGUGAAGAGUAUGACCAGAUUAUGGCGUUGUUUGUCUUUUUUGACAACGACGAAAGCGGUGGACUGGACCGUGCUGAGGUUGGGCGUCUCGCACGGUGGCUCAACUUUGCCCGCACCGACCAUGACAUUGAUCGCAUGUUUUUCCUAAUGGAUACAGAUGGCAGCGGCACGCUUUCCCUUAAUGAAUUUCUUACUUGGUUGUCGCAUAACCGGCCGGAUCCCAACGCUCUUUAUGGGCUUUCGCAAUCAGAGUACAACACCAUCAUGAUGCAGUUCCGCUUGUACGACACUGACCAGAAUGGCCUGCUGAGCAUCGAUGAGUUUGCGCGACUUGCUGUGAGAUUAGGGGAUGUGAAUAAUAUUGACUCUGGGAGGCGAUUAUUCCGAUGCAUUGACACGGAUGGCAACGGUGUAGUUGACUUGCAUGAGUUUUUAACUUACCGUGUUCGCACGAGGCGAAAGUAG